UUGGUGGAUGAUGAUUUACCCCUGAUGCGCAGAGUUGAGGACUAGUGUGUGGACAGCGCCUUAUCAGCUUGGAAAACUGAUUGUUGCGCAUAUUACAGCAACGACAUAUACGAUUUGGGUCUGUGGCAAUGGAAGCCUAAUAUCUCGUGCGGAUGUCCUAAUUUAUGGAUUGAGUAAUACUGUAACCGACCUUGUCAUUCCGACUCCAAAAGUUGUGCUGAGGGAUUCUUUAUCUGCUAUCAAACACCUGGGAGGAAAAUGUGGAGAUUUACGAAUUUAUUAGCUUGCCUACUGGUGGUGUGUAAAGAUGUCACUGCACAGAGUAAGAUCUUUGGGGAGACAGAGCCGGUGCGGAUGACAUCGGAGGGCUCAGACUGUCGAUGUAAGUGCAUCAUGAGGCCACUGAGCAAGGAUGCGUGCCAGCAUCUGAGGAGCGGAAAAGCACGGGUGGAGGACUUCUACACGGUGGAGACCGUCAGCUCUGGAUCGGACUGCAAGUGUUCCUGCACAGCCCCUCCCUCCUCCCUCAACCCCUGCGAGAACGAGUGGAAGAUGGAGAAGCUGAAGAAACAGGCCCCAGAGCUUCUCAAGCUCCAUUCCAUGGUGGACCUACUGGAGGGGACGCUGUACAGUCUGGACCUCAUGAAGGUUCACUCCUACAUCAAUAAGGUGGUCUCCCAGAUGAACACACUAGAGGAGACAAUCAAGACCAACCUGACUCGGGACAAUGAGUUUGUAAGGGACAGCAUGAUAACUCUGACAAACCAGUUUAAGAGGUAUGAAAACUACUCAAACAUCAUGAUGAGCAUCAAGAAGGAGAUAUCCAGCCUGGGGCUGCAGCUACUGCAGAAAGACCAAACAGAGACCAAAGCUCAGGACACCAAUGAUGAGAAAACCAAAGAGACCGUAAAAAAACCUAACAAAAAGUCCCCUGCAUCUAAGCCCCCUCCCAAGCCGCCCAAGGAAAAGGUUGUAAAACCCAAGAAAGAGAGCACCAAACCUGGGAAGCCCAUCAAGCCUGACCCCACAGCCAAGGCCAAGGUGGCAGGGCACCAGCCGGGGGUAGUGAGGGGCAUCACAUACUACAAAGCAGCCAAGGUGGAUGGGGACGGGCAUGUCACAGGCGGUAAAGACAACUCUGCCAAGACUCAAACCGUCCAACACGUCAAAGAGACACACUCGGAGGACGGAGGCGCUGAAAUCAUCUUGGAAACCAUAAAGGGAACCACAGCUGACUCGACAACCACCACAGAAACUGUGGUCACUACCACGACAACAAUGGCAGCAACAACAACAACAGCCAGUACCACAAUGCCAUCUACUACCACCACCACCACCACCACCAGUGCAGCAGCAGUAGAGAGGCUAGACAGACCAGCUCCCACCAUCAUGCUCUUCCUGGACAACUCAGACAACAACAGUCGACCAAUCCUACACAGAGCAGGGAAGAUCCUAGACUGUGAGGGGACCCUGGCGUCUAUCGAGCUACCAGAGAAGCAGCACAGCUAUGGGAGGAAUGAGGGAGCAUGGAUGAAGGAUCCUCUGGCAAAGGACUCCAAGAUCUACGUCACUAAUUAUUACUAUGGCAACAACCUGGUGGAGUUCCGAAACCUGGACAACUUCAAGCAAGGUCGUUGGAGCAACCUCUUCAAACUGCCUUACAACUGGAUCGGCACAGGCCAUGUGGUGUACAACGGAGCAUUUUACUACAACAGAGCUUUCACCAAAAACAUAAUUAAGUACGACCUAAGGAUGCGUUACGUGGCUGCCUGGACCCUCCUGCAUGACGUGGUUUACGAGGACACCACCCCUUGGAAGUGGAGAGGCCACUCGGACAUUGACUUUGCCGUGGACGAGAGUGGACUGUGGGUGAUCUACCCUGCCACGGACUAUGACUACUCUCAGCAGGAGGUGAUCGUCAUCAGUAAGCUAGACCCUGGGGAUCUGUCCAUGAAGAAGGAGACAACUUGGAGGACGGGCCUGAAGAGAAACUCCUACGGGAACUGCUUCAUCAUCUGUGGGGUGCUGUACGCUGUGGACGUCUACAACCAGAAGGAAGGGGAGGUGAACUAUGCCUACGACACCCACACCAACUCAGAGGCUAUCCCUCGUCUGCCCUUUACCAACGAAUACGCCUACACCACCCAGAUCGACUACAAUCCCAAGGAGAAGGUCCUGUACGCCUGGGACAAUGGACACCAGAUCACAUAUAACAUACACUUUGUUGACCAAUGAGCACAGGGGUUUUGCGCUCAGGUAAAGUAUAGGCCAUCAGCACUAUGACAAGUUCACUAUCCCCAUAGAGAUAAGAGAGAUGCUCAGUAAUUGAUGCGGUAAAGAGGUCAAUGGAACGUAGACCGCGGGGGAUAGGAGAAGGAUGCCAGAUUGGGGCACAUUCAAAUCUGAUCUAAUGAAGUGGAUAUUCAUUAUCAUAGAUGUAUUGUAACAGCCCUACAAUGUGGUUACUAAAGUCCAAUUUUGAUAUAUUUGGCUGUUUUUGCUGCAUACCAUUUAGAAGUAGUCCCUGUUCAGGUUUAGAAGAAGUAACUGCUAAAUGGUAACUCCCGUUCGUAUAAGCUGGUAGCGUAGCUAGCACUGAGAAAUCUGUGGCGAUAGUCAAUGUUGUUUUUAACUGUAAUGCAGUUCAUUGGUGAUUAUGACAUGAACAAGUGUUGGGGUUGACAUCCAUACAGCAUUAUACUCUGAUUUUC